AUGGAUGUAAUAUGCUCCGCUCUUGCUGGCGUGAUGGCCCGAGCGGUUUGUCAUCCUCUCGAUACGGCUAAAACUGUGACCUUCACGGGUUUCUUUGGAGAUAGCAGCAGUUCCCUUCAUGUAAAUUCGAAGGGAUCACUGCGGCAUGUCGCGAGUUCUAUUUGGAGGCGUGAAGGGCCAGGUGCCUUCUACCGUGGUGCGGGCGUAGCGAUUGUUGGCUCUGCACCGGGAACUGCACUGUAUCUAACAACAUACACGUGGUCUCGAGAUUUCCUUCAGGGAUAUGUGAGUGCAAGCCAUUCCUCUUCCUUUCUUAGCACCAUACCUUCUUCAUUUAUUCAUCUUAUUUGUGGACUCUUUGCCGAGUCGGUCAGUUGUAUCUUUUGGGUUCCUAUUGACGUAACGAAGGAACGGCUGCAGGCGCAGUCGUCGUUUGUAGAAGGGCGAUACAAAGGCAACUGGGACGCCAUCCGCACUGUCGCUCGCUACGAAGGUGUGCGAGGUUUAUAUAAGGGUUAUUGGUCAACAUUGGCAUCCUUCGGACCCUACUCGGCAGUAUACUUUGGUUGCUACGAAGUUUUUGAGAAUGUUCUCAACGAGCACAUGUCAUUAGGAACAUUUUCUUCUUCACUCUGUGCAGGAGGUAUGGGGAAUAUUGUCGCCUGCGUCGUAACAAACCCUCUGGAAUUAGUGAAGACACGCUUGCAGGUACAGCGGGCAGUUCUCUCCGUCAAUGGAAAGCCAACUGCCGUUUACGGAUUUCCUUUCCGUUACAAGGGGUUAUUAGAUGGAUUGUGUGCUAUUGUUAAGAGCGAGGGUGUAUGUGCGCUGUGGAAGGGCUUACCGAUCAGAGUGACAUUUGCUGCGCCCAACGCUGCUUUAACAAUGGGGUUCUACAGCUAUCUUAAAGGUAAUAUGGCGUAA